ACGACAGAGGGGGGUGGCAGAAAGGGGAACAGCAGGGCUCACCAGGCUGCCAGGGUGACAAGGAUGGGGACAGGGCAAUGCCCAGCCAUGGGGGUCAUGGCACUGAUCCUAAUCCUCUGCUCAGGCCUUAGUGGAGCAUCGAGGGUCGUCUACUCCGAAGUGAUGGUGCCAAGGCAGCUGGAGCAGAGGCACAGGGCUGGCACGCAGGACAACGUGGCCUAUUUGAUCACAGCAGAGGGAAGGUACCACGUCGUCCAUCUGACUCGGGUGAAGAAUCUGGUAGCCAAGGAUCUCCCUGUUUACACAUACGGAGCUGGGGGGGAGCUGGUCACUGAGUUCCCCUAUAUCCAGGACAACUGCUUCUACGAUGGCUUUGUGGAAGGGUCCCCAGGCUCCGUGGUGGCCCUCAGUACCUGCUAUGGGAUCAGAGGGAUCCUGCAGAUCGGGGAGCUGCGUUACCAGGUGGAGCCGCUGCUCAACUCCUCCAUGUUCCAGCACCUCAUCUACCGCACGGCACCAGAUGAAGGACGGGUCCCCCCCUGCCAACUGCCCACAGAACAGCCAGCGCGGAUAGGAUGGAGAAACACACCAAUGGCAGCAGACAGCCUCGGGGUAGAGGAGCUGCCCCACCUUGAUAACCUGCCCUUGUCCGUCAGAUACCUGGAGUUAGCCCUGAUCACCAACAAGGAGCUGUUCAAAGCCAAUGGAAAUAACAAGACCCAGAUGCUGAACCUCUUCCUUUCCAUCAGCAACAUCCUGAACACGGUCUACAAGCAGAUGAAGCUGCAGGUCGUGCUCAGCGCCGUGGAGAUGUGGACCACCGAGGACCAGGUUGUGGCCACGCAAAGCCUGGCGCAGACAUUGCGCUCCUUCAGCAGCUGGUGCCAGCAGGACGCCGCGGGGCGCCUCCCUUACGACCACGUGGAGCUGCUGCUUGGUGAGCACUACGAGGAGAGGGGCUUCACCUGGAAGGGAGCAAUGUGCCAGCCCAACUCCAUUGGCGUCGUCUCGGUAAGGGGAGACCUCACAGAUCAUAAUAUCUCCCCCAAAAGCCAUAUUCCUAUACAGCACUUUACAGCUCACAGAAUGAUCAAUUGUGGGAUCGUUGUGGUUGGAAAAGACCUCGAAUGCGACUGCGGCAACAACAAGGCAUGCCUGAAGGCAGGAUGCUGCCUCUCCAACUGCAUGCUGGCCCCAGAAGCUUCGUGCUACAGAGGAGAAUGCUGCCGCAAGUGCCAGUUUCGACGAGCAGGAAAAUUGUGCAGGGCGCCUCAGAGCAGGUGUGAUCUGCCGGAGUAUUGCAAUGGUAAAUCGGCCAGAUGCCCUGCGGAUGUGUUUAAGCAAGAUGGGACUCCAUGCAGCAACAACGACCGCAGCUACGAAGGGCAGUGCCACAGCCACGAGGCGCAGUGCAAGGCUUUGUUUGGCAAAGCCGCCCGUCGCGCCCCAUUGAGCUGCUUCAGGGAUGUGAACAUCCGAGGGGAUCGCUGCGGGAACUGCGGCUGGGACGGCACCCACUACACCAAGUGCCUGGAGAGGAACAUCCUGUGUGGGAGAGUUCAAUGCGUUAACAUCAAAAGGGUCCCAGCCCGGCGAGACGGAGAGACCGUGGUGCAGACCUUCCUGGGCAACCAGCUCUGCUGGGGACUCGAGUUCCACCUGCCCUUCGACACGCCGGACGAUGGAUCGGUGAAGGACGGCACGUCGUGUGGCACAGACAAGAUCUGCAUCAACAGGACGUGUGUCAGCGCAGCUCUCCUCAGCAGCAACUGCACGGCGCAGCAGUGCCACGGCAGAGGGGUCUGCAACAACAAGAACAACUGUCACUGUGACUACGGAUGGGCCCCUCCGGAUUGCAAGGCAGUAGGGUUUGGGGGCAGCGUGGACAGCGGGCCGCCUCCUUACCACUAUGUGCAAUGCUUGCCCUGCCUGCCCUCUCUCUGGCUGUUCCCAGGGCACCCAGAGGAGCUGCAGAUGGAUUCCAUUAAGCACCGUGGCCCAGCAGCCAGCAGGCAGCUCAUUAAGGCAGUUGUGCCUGUUGAGCUCAUCACAACCCUCUUAGGAGAGAAUCUUCCUCUCCUCUUUAAUAGACAUCUCCAGCAGAGCUCCAACCCAGGGAGGACAGCGCGUAAAUAAAUGCUUUCCGGGCACGUCCCCCUGAGAGCUGCUCUCCUGCCUUCCCAUCUAUUACUCCUAACGACCUGAUGAUGAUGAACAAAACCACACAACCACUCAGCAGGGCUGUACAACCCCCAGCUCCUGAUCACCGAUGGCUUUAAGCUCUUCCCAUCCCUUUCUCUCAGCCCAUCGGUCCUGAUGAUGAUGAUGAUGAA